AUGAAGAAUUAUUUCAUCAAAAUGCUUCAACAACAACAACAAGUUCUACAACAAACAAAUUUUUAUUUCAACGCCCUUGAAUCAUUCAUUUCUCCAUUAAAACAACAAUGGGAAAGGAUUCUUGUCUUCUUCUUCAAAUGCUUCAAAUGUCAACAAACCUUCACCAGCCCGAAUGAUGAACAAUCCUUGGGAAUUUGUUGCUGAUGACUCCAGAAACUGCACAAACUCAAUAUGGAACCAGCAAAGGCGGGACAACAUUGUU